GCAGAUUUUCGAAGUGCAACAUUUGCACUGAGAUCAAGAUUCGCCUCAGAGAGACCAGAGAUAAUUGCCAGCGAGAGGUACUGAAGGAGAAAAUAGACAGACACUUAAGGAAACAGAACCAGGAGAGGAGGAAAUACUAUAAACACCAGAAGGCCAGACUCCAUCCAGAUAAAUAUUUAUCCAUCAUAAUCGACGGGAUGGACCAGAGUAAAACAGCCAUUCCCCAUUUUGUCCAUGCCUCAAAAUUUACAUCGUCCAUGUGGAAGCUACGCACACAUCUAGUGGGAGUCAUUAUACACGGCAUUGGGAUUUACGGUUUCUUUGACCUAUUUGAAUAUAGUCAUUCCACAAAUUUGACCCUAUCCAUAUUGCUGAGUGUUUUUUACAGCCUGAGGGAUUCAAUGCCCAACGUUUUAUACUUGCAGAUGGACAAUUGUGCAAGAGAAAAUAAGAAUAGGUACUUACUAGCAUUCUUCUGUUUCCUGGUGGAGGUUGGCCUAUUUAGAAAGAUCAAGAUAUCAUUCCUCAUGGUGGGCCAUACCCAUGAAGACGUGGACCAAGUUUUUUCAAAACUGCCCCUGAGAUGUUUCCCUAUUAAGAAUUUCCUGAUUCAGAGGUCAAGGUUAACACAGACCUCCACUUUCCAGAAAUACAUGACUGAAAACUUUAUGCAUCAGGCAUUACUUUGGAAAGCAUUCCUUUGAGGUUUGCCCUCCUUCAGUCCCUUGAUAAUACUCUGGAAACCUUCUUCUUGCUCCUGGUGGACCUCAGACCCGCCCAGACCUAAAACAGAAGUACAGCAGCUCUCCUGUCUCAGCUGAGGGGACUGGUGUUCUAUGACACGAAGAUUAACCUGAUGAACUGAGUUCUGAACGACACCGAACAGAAAAAAAAACAAGACCAGGCCGCACCGAGUAUCACCCUGGAUCCACGGGAGAUAGACACAAGUGAUGUGAAAAACUGCCCGGUGACCUGGUUGUGUCAGGCCUACAGACAGCUGCUGACCGUUCUGUCUCGUCAGUUCUGUGUGAGACUGUCCAGUGACCUGGUUGUGUGAGGUCUACAGACAGCUGCUGACUGUUCUGUCUCGUCAGUUCUGUGUGAGACUGGCCAGUGGAG